AUGGCGGUUCGCCCGGGCCGCGCCAGGCAUGUGACUGGCACCACCGCCCCCGUGCUGCCUCACGGGAAGCUGAGUCCCCCCACCGCCAGGCGGCCGCAGAGAGCGACGAGUCCCUGCAGCCCCCAGGACUACAGUGCCCAGAAUGCACCGCGCCCCGUGAAGAGGGGUGGGCGCUGCUUUAGGGAGGGAUGUGGGUGUUGGCCGGUCCGGGCGGUCUCGGAGGCGGCAAAGGGCGGCUGGAAACGGCCAACUCGAGGGGAAGCGCUUCACUACAGGAGGAGCUCCCAAAGCAGUGCUGGAAGGGCCUCUGAAGCCCCGCGUUCCCCAGGCUGGCGUGGCUGCCUGUCCCAACCCUCAGGGAGAGCGCAGGCAGGGAACGUGCUGUUGCAGUUGACAUCUUUCUUCACCUUGAGAGCUUUAACUCAUGUGUGUUCCCCAUGUUCACUUUUCACCUCACAGCUUCCCCAUCACUGCUCCAUCAUGCGGCAUCCGAUCUCAUGGACGCCACAUGCCCGGUGGUCACCCAAGCACUUAAAGUUGGUCAUUGUCUACGUGCUGGUGCUCUUGGUGUCACUCAACUUUGCUUCAGGACAGAGCAGGCCAUUUAAACAUCAGAUUGACAACAGAAGUCCUGAGAUUGAUCCUUUCUGGUAUGUGGUUCGUGGCGUUCGCCCCAUCGGUCGGUUUGGGAAGAGGCAGCUGAGAAGCAGCCGUGGCAGCUUGAGGCCCAUGAGCAGGCACCUGGAUCUCAUCUUGAAUGCUUUAUGGGAGCAAAAAGUGUCAGACACAGAAGGCAAUGGCUGGUGA